CGUUUUUUCUCACUUUGAUGUUAGUUUGUUUCUGAACCCCACUUGUGAAUGUUCUAACUCAGAAAAAUUUGCCACGAAAAAUUCUUCAAUUUCCUCGUCCGAUUGGUUGAGAUUUGAAUUGAACGCUGAAACAUCUUUACGUUGACGGUAUUCACGAAUACUAAGAUGGAUCGGGCAGCUUUCAAAGAAGAAUUAUCACGCCGCCUUGCAAAGCGCUCGCAGGGUUUUCCGGAAGGGAAUGCCCAGCCAACCCCGUCUACUUCAAAGGAUGUUUUUCGAUCGCCGAACCCGCAACGGAAAAACACAAGAACAUUCCAAAUAGAUAACCGUAAACACGAGUUCGGAAGGAUCAGACUCAAGACCGGAUGGGUAAAAUGUCCCGUGUGCAAAAUAAACAUACAUUUUGGUAAGGUGGCAUGGCGUUGCGUCAAUUGUCAUGCAAUAGUUCAUGAACGGUGUCAGGGAUAUCUUCCACUUCCUUGUGCGCCAGUAGGGCCUAGGCGUAGAACGACAAGCAAACCGGGAAAGAUUGCCGAUUAUGCACCAACAGUACCACCAAUGAUACCACCUCUGAUCAUCCACUGUAUAAACGCGGUUGAAUUACGUGGUAUGACCGAACUAGGUUUGUACAGACUGAGUGGUAACAAAGAUAGAUACGAAUUUUUGAUUCAGCAAUUCCUCAAGAAUGAUGGAGCUCUAGAUUUGAGUGAAUACGAUAUACCCACGAUCACCUCUGCAUUAAAACAAUUUUUGAGAUCAUUGAGCGAGCCACUGGUCACUUAUGCUCUCCGAGAUACUUUUAUUGAGGCAGCUAUGCUGCCUGAUGCAAGAGAUCGAGACGUAGAGCUUGGUUCUGUAGUAAUGCAGCUUCCACAGGCGAAUCUUGACACCCUCGCUUACCUUAUGCUGCAUUUACAACGCGUUUCUGAGUCGGAAGAAUGCAAAAUGCCCAAAAGCAAUCUCGCCAAGGUUUUCGGUCCUACGCUGGUUGGUCACAGUACUGGAAAUCUCACUCCACAGUCAUUGAUAGACGAACCGAAGUAUCAAGCUGCGGUUGUCGAAGCUUUGCUGAAUAUGCCCGAGGAGUUUUGGGCCAAGUUCAUUGAUCCUCGCAAGCUUCAACAAAGGAGACUGAGUGAAUUGACUAGGUCGCAAUCAUCCACGCAGCUUUCUCAGCUUUCUCGGCGACCGAAUCUUCAAGGUUUAUCCGGGAGUCAUGCUUUAACGCCGUUAUCUCGUCCUACCGAAGCAGCGUUCAAGAAGAGAUCAUCAUCGGAUCCUGAAGAUUUAUCCCGGUACGGAAACGAGGAAAUUGAUCAAGAUGAUCCUGUAUAUGAAAAUGUAAACCUACGUUCACAAACAGUGAAUCAAGGUCAACCUGAACUUCUAUAUGCGAGUCUAGACCUACCCGUCACAAAUAGAACGAUUAAAAAUCAACGUAAUCCUGCACAUGCAGCUCGUACCCCAUGGGCAAACAGAAGGUUUCAACAAGAUGAAGAUGAACCUCUAUAUGCAAGUAUAAUGCCAACCUCAAAUGAUAACUUGUACGAAGAUGAACCUAUACAUGGAGAGGUAUUCGUAGGCCCAAAUGGUGAAAUGUAUCAUAAAAAUGUUAGUUUUUAACCUUAUUUGUAAAAUGGGAACCAUCGUGUGACUCCGCAAAUUAACUCGGAAUGAGAGUUCACAUUUGAUAUACAUAAUUAUAGAAAAGCUCAGGCAGGGACUGGCUUAGAUCAGUUAAAUAUUUGGCUACCAAUGGUCAGGGUAACUUUUGUGAAUUCCCAUUUCUUUAGUAUUGCGUAGAAUUAACAUUCUUCUCUUAGUUCAAAGGUGUAUUCUUUUUUAAAAUAAUUUCUUUUAAAAUAAUUUAAAUUUUAAUAACUUAAAUUUAAUUUUAAAAUAAUUCUAAUUAAAAUAAUUUCAAAUUAUUAAGAAAGAAUUAAAAUAGAAUUAAAAAAGAAUCAUUAGAAUAAGAAAAGAAAAAACGGACAGUUGUUCCACGAUGUUACAACAUUAGAAAUUCAUCAAAAAAUGAUCGCUUUUUGAAUAACAGAAAAAAUUGAAGCGACUAACACAGUGAAAAGGAAAGGAUUCUCACUUAAGCCAGACGAAAUUUUUUGAAAUUAACUUACGAAUAAUCUCGAACGGGCAGUAUGUCUCUAACUCGACACUGGACAACUUUCAAACAAACAUACUUCCAAACAAAAGUACGAGUCAAAACAAAGAUCUAAGUUCCAUUAUCGAUUAGUUUCGCUCUGCCUUUCCGGUAAUUAUAUCGAAAUUUGAAUACAAAAAAAUCAUGAUAUUUUUCGAGAAUUCGUAGCCGAAAGUCAUGUUUGGAUUAAAAUUUGAGAAAAAUCAGUUGAGCCGCUGUUAGUGAGCUCUUUUAGAGAUAAACAAAUCAGCAUAAUUAAAGUGAACAUUUUAGACGUGGGCAUUGGUAGCGACGAAUAAUAUUUCAUAAGUUUAUAGGUUAUUAUGGAUACACAUAUUUAUAUAUGUUGAUAGCGAUAACUAAAUAGAAUAUAACUUCCUGUAUCGGUCGGGUUUUCCACAGUUUCCCUUGGCCCUCGUGCAAAUGCAAUACAGAAUUACAUAGUAGAAGGUGGCUGUGGGCAACACCUUGGGGGAUCUCCCAAAAAUGUUAAAAAUUAGGAAAUAUAAAACGGUUGUAGUGGGGAAUAGCGGGUUCAUAGUAAUGCGAUGGGAUGCAAUGUAAAGCUGCGAGUGUAUAUGCAAGAAUAAUAAAAAGCAUGAAAAUAUAAAAAGGAGUAAAAAAAAGUA